AAAUCCAAAGCCAACCAAGUGAUGUGUGGCUCUCAACAUGCCUCCUCAUACCACUCUUCAAUACUCCACAAAAGACAAGAAAAUCAAAUCUUUUAACACAAAUUCUAACAUUUUCUUCAAACACAAAAGGAUUUCCUCAGUAUCUACUUCUUGUGGUUCCAAUGGCUACUUCAAUUUCUGCUACUGGAUUCAAAGGGGGUCUUUCUUCUUCUUUCCAUGGAAGUUGGGGAACUUCCAUUGCCGGUGAAGCCGUGGCGGCGCCGCCGACCAACUUUCGGGUUGCACGGCCCAUCCGAUCAAUGCCUAUGAUGAAAAAUGUUAAUGAGGGAAAGGGUCUUUUUGCUCCACUUGUUGUGAUCACAAGGAACAUUAUAGGCAAGAAGAGGUUCAAUCAGCUCAGAGGCAAAGCCAUUGCUUUACACUCGCAGGUAAUCACUGAGUUUUGCAAAUCAAUAGGAGCAGAUUCUAAACAAAGGCAAGGACUAAUUCGACUAGCAAAGAAAAAUGGAGAGAGACUUGGAUUCCUUGCAUGAAUGGCAGAAUGGACAUCAUUGUAAUGUAUUUAUUUCACCCGAAAGAGACACUUUAGAUUAUUAUUAUGUAUUAAGAAUAUGUAGAAAAAAGUAAACCUUCAUUUGAGUUUGCUUUUGAAUUAGUAGAAUAGAUUGAAACCAAAUUUCUUGAAA